AUGAUGAUAUCACUAGUAUUAGUUCCAACUUUGGUGUCCUCAUUUUCAACCACAGGAGCCCUGCUGAAUCAUUAUCAUCAUCCCACCAUCAUCUACAGGGAUCAUAAUAAUGACAUCCCAGACAACUCUCACUUAUCGACAAACAGGCAACACAAUACCCGUCUGAACAAUGAAAAACCAGAAUGGCUAGCAGAUGCCAUGGGAGGUAGCGAUGAUAGUCGUGAUGCCGGCGAUGCUCCCUCAAUAGAAAUACCCAAACUGACAAAUGGCUUGUCUGGAUUUUGUUUGGAUCCGGCACUGGGGUUUGUUGCCAUUUUGUCGUGCCCUGAGAUUUCCAAAUUUGUCGCAGUUACCGUCGUCCCCAACACGCUUGGUACGAAACAAGUUGUGGAGGAUGACAUCAUGAAAAUGCCCAGUCGAUUAACCUCACCACGGGCCUUGACAUUGGUGCAGUUGGCAGGAGGAAUGGAUUUGGGAACACCCAUUUUGCCACCCGAUGCUCUAUGGCAAAUAAUCGUCAGAGAAGGGAUCGAUGCAGAAGAUGAUGACGAGGAUGACGAUAUAGGCGAUGACAAUGCACCACCACCCUUGGUUACCUUGCUUGGAAUUGACGUCGUGCCCAAUGAAGAUUACGAUUCCGAACAAAGCGACAAGUCUGCCUCGCUGCUGUUGCCAACCAAAGCUACAGGGUGGGAUGAAAGUUGGAUGCAGGAUGAUGAUAGAAAGGAGAAAAUUCUACAACAAUCGGUUCAAGUUCUGGGUGCAGUCAAGGGGUUACCUGGAUUGCAAGCUGUCACCUUGGAACAGGUUUCUGAUGCCAUGAUAUACUGUUCCAACGAAGAGGGGGCAUUGGACCGACAAGGCUUUUCUCAUUUAUUGGAUUACAUGCGACGUGUAGUUGGAGUUUCCUCGUCCGCCGCCACGGAUGGUAUGAAUAGUAGUUGGAAAACCGACAGCAAGGUCAAGUUUGUCUUGAAUGUCAACUUGGUCCAACAAGACUCCAUCAAGACGAUAUCUGUCACUACACUGGAUGCCUUCUCAGCAAUUGGUCUAUCCAUGCGACACAAGAUUCAAUUGCAAGUGGCACCUGAAUGUUUCGAGGAAGAUUCCAAUAGUAUUUUGCAAAUAUUUCCCGCCUUUCGAUCCGUCCAAGAACUCUGGGAGGAUGCCAAAAUCAUGGAUGGAUUCAUUCCUAGCAUGUUUGAGCAAGCAAAGAAGCAGCAACCGCCAUCCCAAAUGGGGUAA